AUGGGAGGAGGGCCGAAAGGGCCAACAGGAGGAAAGCAUGGUCGAAGUGGUGGCAGCCUUGGGACGAAGGCCAUCGUGAUCGAGAGUAUCGCGCCUUGGGUCGACAUCGACAGGAAAUGCGACCGCACACAGACAGACAACCAUACCCAGCUCCACAUCAUUCGUGAGGACUCCACUAGCACAGCAGGGCCCGAGGAGAAGAAUGGCAAUCAAAUAAUGGGCACUCCGAUGGUGUAUUUAUUGCUCACCGAGUCACCACCUGGGUAUCAUCUCCCUCCGCACCUCGAGGAGCCUGGCUCAAUGGGCCGGCUUUUUGACGCCCUGAAGAGCAAGUCUCGGACCAGGAAGAGGGAGUGUGGAUGGAAUGAUGUGGUGCCAUGA